CCGGACAAAGCCACCCGCUUCCGGAUGGAGGAGCUGAGGCUGACCAGCACCACGUUCGCCCUGACCGGCGACUCCGCGCACAACCAGGCGAUGGUCCACUGGUCUGGCCACAACAGCAGCGUGAUUCUCAUUUUGACAAAGCUCUACGACUAUAACCUGGGGAGCAUCACUGAGAGCUCGCUUUGGAGGUCAACCGAUUAUGGGACAACCUAUGAGAAGCUGAAUGAUAAAGUUGGGUUGAAAACAAUUUUAAGUUAUCUCUACGUGUGUCCUACCAACAAGCGUAAGAUUAUGUUACUCACGGACCCGGAGAUUGAGAGCAGUUUACUGAUCAGCUCAGAUGAAGGAGCGACCUAUCAAAAGUAUCGGCUGAGCUUCUACAUCCAGAGCUUGCUGUUCCACCCCAAGCAGGAGGACUGGAUUCUGGCGUACAGCCAAGACCAGAAGUUAUACAGCUCCGCUGAGUUUGGGAGAAGGUGGCAGCUUAUCCAGGAAGGGGUUGUACCCAACAGGUUCUACUGGUCUGUGAUGGGCUCAAACAAGGAACCAGAUCUUGUGCAUCUCGAGGCCAGAACUGUGGAUGGUCAUUCGCAAUACCUGACUUGCCGCAUGCAGAACUGCACCGAGGCCAACAGAAAUAGACCUUUCCCGGGCUACAUUGACCCGGACUCCUUGAUUGUGCAGGAUGAUUACGUGUUUGUUCAGCUGACGUCGGGAGGACGGCCGCAUUACUACGUGUCCUACCGAAGGAAUGCGUUUGCCCAGAUGAAGCUGCCCAAGUACGCUCUGCCCAAGGACAUGCACGUCAUCAGCACAGAUGAGAAUCAAGUGUUUGCAGCGGUCCAAGAAUGGAACCAAAACGACACCUACAACCUCUACAUCUCAGACACCAGGGGUGUCUAUUUCACCUUGGCCUUGGAGAAUGUCCAGAGCAGCAGAGGCCCUGAGGGCAAUGUCAUGAUCGACCUCUAUGAGGUAGCAGGGAUAAAGGGGAUGUUCUUGGCUAACAAGAAGAUUGACAACCAAGUGAAGACGUUCAUCACCUAUAACAAAGGCAGAGACUGGCAUUUGCUGCAGGCGCCGGACACGGAUUUAAGGGGGGACCCUGUGCACUGCUUACUGCCUUACUGCUCACUACACCUUCACCUUAAGGUCUCUGAGAAUCCCUACACAUCAGGGAUCAUUGCCAGUCGAGAGACAGCUCCCAGCAUCAUAGUGGCUUCAGGUAACAUAGGUUCUGAAUUGUCAGACAGCGACAUCAGCAUGUUUGUCUCUUCAGAUGCAGGGAACACUUGGAGGCAGAUCUUUGAAGAAGAGCACAGUGUCCUGUAUCUGGAUCAAGGUGGAGUCUUAGUUGCUAUGAAGCACACGUCUCUUCCAAUUCGACAUCUCUGGUUGAGUUUUGAUGAAGGGAGAUCUUGGAGCAAAUACAGUUUCACAUCGAUUCCCCUUUUUGUGGAUGGGGUUCUGGGUGAACCUGGGGAAGAGACUCUAAUCAUGACAGUGUUCGGACACUUCAGCCACCGCUCUGAAUGGCAGCUGGUCAAAGUGGACUACAAGUCCAUUUUCGAUAGAAGGUGUGCCGAGGAGGACUACAGACCUUGGCAGCUGCACAGCCAGGGGGAAGCAUGCAUCAUGGGAGCCAAAAGGAUAUAUAAGAAGCGGAAGUCAGAGCGGAAAUGUAUGCAAGGAAAGUAUGCAGGAGCCAUGGAGUCUGAACCCUGUGUCUGCACAGAGGCCGAUUUCGACUGUGACUAUGGCUAUGAGCGACACAGCAAUGGUCAGUGCCUGCCAGCAUUUUGGUUCAAUCCAUCUUCUCUGUCCAAGGAUUGCAGCCUCGGACAGAGUUACCUCAACAGUACUGGGUAUAGGAAGGUGGUUUCCAAUAACUGCACGGAUGGCGUGAGAGAACAGUACACGGCCAAACCGCAGAAGUGUCCAGGGAAGGCCCCACGGGGUCUCCGGAUCGUCACGGCGGAUGGAAAGUUGACAGCCGAGCAAGGGCACAAUGUUACUCUCAUGGUGCAAUUGGAAGAGGGCGACGUGCAGAGGACAUUCAUCCAAGUCGACUUCGGUGAUGGCAUCGCAGUGUCAUAUGUCAACCUCAGCUCCAUGGAAGACGGGAUCAAACACGUUUAUCACAAUGUGGGCAUUUUCCGAGUGACCGUGCGGGUGGACAACAGUCUCGGGUCUGACAGCGCCGUCCUGUACUUACAUGUAACUUGUCCCCUGGAGCAUGUGCACCUGGCCCUGCCCUUUGUCACCACGAAGAACAAAGAGGUCAACGCAACCGCUGUGCUGUGGCCCAGCCAAGUGGGCACCCUCACCUACGUGUGGUGGUACGGGAACAACACGGAGCCCUUGAUCACCUUGGAAGGCAGCAUAUCAUUCAAGUUUACCUCCGAAGGGAUGAACACCAUCACAGUGCAGGUCUCAGCUGGGAAUGCCAUUCUGCAAGACACCAAGACCAUCGCAGUGUAUGGUGAGUACUGUCUUCAUUGAUUCACUGCUGCCCCCCUGCUCAGAGGUUACUCGGUACCAGAGUGCCAGGGGCCAUCUGGCUUAUGACCUCUAACCAGAGCACAGAGGACAGUGGUUGAGGAAGAGCUGAGUCAGGCCACUGGGGUUCCGAGCCCCCACAUCCUGGUGGCGGUGCUCCCUGGUUUACCCACGGCUGCUGAGCUCUUUGUCCUGCCAUAUCAGGAUCCAACAGGAGAGAACAAAAGGUCAGCAGAGGAUCUGGAGCAGAUAUCGGAGCUACUGAUCCACAAGCUCAACCAGAACUCGGUGCACUUUGAGCUGAAACCCGGGAUCCAAGUCCUCGUCCACGCAGCACACUUAACAGCAGCCCCACUGAUCGACCUCACCCCGACCCACAGUGGAUCUGCCAUGCUGAUGCUGCUCUCCGUGGUGUUCGUGGGGCUGGCCGUGUUCGUCAUCUACAAGUUUAAAAGGAAGAUCCCCGGGAUUAAUGUUUAUGCCCAGAUGCAAAAUGAGAAAGAACGGGAGAUGGUCAGUCGAGUCAGUCCCACUGAAAGCAGGCCCCAUAUCUCUCAGACUGAACUGAGGAGGCCUGGCCCGCUGAUAGAUGAGAAGGUGGAAUCCCAGCUCAUAGGAAGUAUUUCCAUAGUUGCUGAGAAUCAAAGCACAAACGAAAUCCCUACCUAUGUAAAUGUUUGAAUGGAGGACGCCAGUAAAAACAAACAAAACCAAACAAACCAAACAAAUAAAGUAAAAACGAUCAAAAUCCAAACAAACAAACACUCACUGCAUCGGGACUUUUUAAUUCUCCAGACACAGACGACAAGGGUUGUUAGCUUUAAGCCUGUGCAUGUGGACGGUACCUUGAGAACACGCUUGGAGGGGCAGUGGACAGGUGCUCUUUUCAUGGAAAAACACUCCCCUCCCCCUCUCUUCUUCUCUCUUUUUCUGAUCCGUCGUGUUUGUAGAAAAUUCCUAACAUAUACAGGCCAAGGAAAUCUGCAUGCAUUUUUGGAACUCUUCUUGGCUCUAGAUUUCACAGCUAUUUCAGCUCUACCGGCUGAUGGGUGGGUUAGCCACCCCAGCCCCUUUUCACAAGACACCAGGACAUGCACAGAAGUUCGAAACCCUGAGCUAUUUCUCUGUUCCAUCUUCCUUAUUGCCAUGUCCACUUCCAAGUUAUCUGUGUUGGCCAGCAGUGGCCACAGGCUGCUUUCUGCAUCCUGUGUGGCCAUGGGGAUGAAGCUCUGAGUUGAAGUUCCCUGUAUGCAGGCAGAGUAGGGAAGGACAGCAGGCAAGGGCAAGCAUGUCAGAAGUGGACCUGUGUUUCCUGUUCAGCCUUUCCGGUCAUGACUGCUUCUCUUACAGCUUUCUUUACUCCUCCUCCAAUUUGUAUGGAAAAUAGAAUCUUAGUUACCCAUGGACCUGCCUUCUCAUUUGUAUGCUGUCCCUGUGGUCAUGAUCCGUAGAUGUCUUUGUAUCUCUCCCUUCCAGGCCCCAAGUUACCCUUCACCUGUUCCCACCUUUUCUUCCCAAACAUGUUGCUAGAUUCUGGACCUUAACCCUGACAUUCCCUAAAUACUGGCCUAGCCUCUGCCACCCCUACCUCCACCGCCCACAAGUUCCUUGUCACUGUCAAUUUUGGACACUCCCAAGCAUGCCAGCUUCCGUACUCACUGACCAACUGCAUCCUGCCUUGCAGGGUUCAGCUUCAUGCACCCUCUGUCUCCUCCUCUUCCAAAUACCCUUGUCCUCUCCCACCUGGACACAUACCAUGUGUGUGAAAGAGUUGGUAUGUCAGCAAAGUAGUUCAAAUCUGGCCACGUGCAUUGGCAAAGAAAGCAUUCCAAUGAAUGGUGGUAUCCUCACACCCUCACAAAACUCUCGUGCAGGCAGGUUUUAGAAGAUUCUUGUGAGAAAUGUUUUGAACAUGUUACUGUAUGGCAGGGCAAUUUCCUUCUGUGAUGGUUGCUGUACCAGUAUUUCUUGUCUCCCAGUAGAGUAAAAAUGUUUGUAAAAUAAAACCGUUUUCAGCAGAAGAAGCAGGUUAAUGGGUUCAAUGUUCAAGGUCCGAAAAUAUAUAGAGGUCUUGUCUUACAUAAGGAUGAUAUUUUGAUUGUAUAGGAUGAGCCCAGCCAUUUCACUUGCGUGCUCCCAGAUCUCUGAGUAUCAUAGGAUUGGCAAAGGCAACAUUAAUAGCAUAAAGGGGAGGGGUUAGCCUGCUAACUAAAGCGAUUGGCUCAAAGCAUGAAGAAAUUCCAGUUUUCCCCGGGCAAUCAGGAGAGAAGGCCCCGAGAAAGAAGGAAACGAGAGUAUGUCCAACAGAAGCCCUUGGAAUAUUCUGGAUUGGGCAAAGCCCACUCUAAAAUUCAGGAGAAAACAGUUUUGAAAAAACUACUCAGAGCGCAGCCUCCUUCUUGGUCAACAACAGGGUAUAACAGGGCUCUGGGCGUCCUAUUCAGUAGCCCAGGCAGAGGAAGACUAGCAAAGCUGACGUUAGAAGGUAAUCAAGCAGAAAUUUUUAUGGUUGAAGAUGCCCUCUAUGCAUUUGGGAAAUGGAUUGUGCCUGAGGCGGCCAUCUAGAAAUCAAUUGCUCCCUGACCUGCCAGGCUUCCUAUCCCAUAGGAAACAUCCUCAUUGAUCCUCUUCAGUUGGACCCUCCCAAAUUUAAUCUGGAAGACCAAGUGUUUGGGAAACAAAAGAGGCCCAGGGAGUCCUCAGAGUUGCAGUUCUGUUCAUUUUAAUUGGAAAAUGAUGAAAAAGGGACCAACACUCAAACUAGCACAGUGCCUUGCCUAGAGUAUCUAUAAAGAUGGUUAUUUGUUGAAGGAAUAAAUGAAUGAUGACAUGAGAAGACAUAGGGAAGAAUGGGCUUGUAAGUCCUAAUGAAGAGCAGAGGUGGACAUGAGAUGCUUGGCAUUCUGGGAAGUGACCAGAGAUGGCCAGCUCUAGGUGCAGCAUCUCCCAGGUCCUCAUGUGCCUCUCCUACCUGUAGGAGAUUCAAGAGGCAAGGUACUGCUCAGUAGGAAUCUCAUUGUUCUUAAGAUCUAGCUCCGUGUUUCUCAAAGUGUGGUACUGGGCCAGCAGUAUCAGCAUCACCUUGGACUUGUUAGAAUGACAGUUUGGGGUCCCCACCCCAUCUCUACUGAAUCAGAAACUCCAGGGAUGGAGCUAAUCAAUCUGUGUUUACAAGCCCCUCAGGCAAUUGGGAAAUACACUGAAGUUUGAGAACCACUGUUCUAGGCCAUUCCAGCUCAGUCCCCGAAGAGAACUUAGUAAUAACAGUCUAUAGUUGGGAGGGACCCAAGUGCCUACCUACUCGCUAACAGCAGGUGCAAACACAAGGCAGAGUGUGGUGGGCUUGAGGCCAGAAGAGUGGGUGGGGAAAGAUAGAUGUAGAGGGUAAGAUUCAGGGCAAGAUAAAAAUCUGACAUCGCAGUGUUUUCCAAAUCUCAGAAGGCAAGCUGUGCAUGCUCUACCCUGAACUACCCAGCCCACAUUUUCUCCCUUGCCUUAUUCCUAAUCGGGCUCCCUGUCCAAAAUGCAAAGGUUUGCUUUGCUUUUUUUUCUUCAGAAGUUCAAAACAGCAACUUUGAGAGCAAUGGGGUGCUUGGCAGCUGUUCUGUGUUUUUCCAGGAUUCCAACUGAGCAUUGAAAUCCCUCAUUUGCCAACUUAUUUUUAUAGGAAGCCAAUUUAAAAAAAAAAGAAAUAAAGUUUUCUUAUAGUAUUGGAACUACUUCUAAUUUUCAAAUGACUUUUUUGAUGUAUUUUUUUGUUAAAUACUAUGUAGUGUAAUGUAUAAUUGCUCUUGUUUAUUGCUUUUACAAUCAUAUUUAUUAAACAGAUAAUGUCUCUAAA